AAAACGCAGCAAAAAUGGCGUUAAGGGGUACGAUGCUACGAACUGCCGGGAAGUUCGCCGGUGUGAACUCUAAUCUCCGACGAUUUAUCCACAUCACUUCACGUCCGGCGCCUCUAGAUAGCGUGGUUGAUCGGCUGACGGCGACUUCACCGUCGUUGGUUUUACCUGAAAAUGAGAAUAACAACAACAUGUUUCCAAAUUCACCUUUCAAUUGGGGGUCCAUGGAGCUUAUGGCUGUUCCUAAGAAGAAGGUUUCUCCUCACAAGAGAGGCAUAAGGAAUGGACCAAAGGCUCUAAAACCCGUUCCAGUGAUUAUUCGUUGCAAGGCUUGUGGUCGAGUCAAGUUGCCACAUUUCUUUUGUUGCAGUGGGAUUAAGCAGAACCCUGGUGAAGAGAACAAUUCUACCGGUUGAUCAAAUUGAAGGGAUCAUUCGACAUAUUUUCUUCAUUUUCAAAUCCCUUUCUUUGUAGUAGAAUCUCCAGUUAGAAACUAGGAAGGUUACGUUAUAUCAUGCCCGCAUUGUGUACAAUAGUGUAGUCAUUGCAGCAUGUACUCAAAUUCCAUGUUAAGUUGCACUGUAUCAGUUGAUUUAUUCUAACCUUCCCUGAAUUGGUGACAAGUAAAUCUAGCCAAAUAAUAACAAUUGGAGACUAGAAAGCAUACCAGAGGAAGGUCAUGCCAUCAACAGAUAGCUCUUUGGUUCUAAUUUCUAAUUAGUACUUAAAGAGGCCAUAGAAUCAACAUGCAUUCUGAAGCAGCAACUUAUGCUUAUCUGCUUAUUUUGAAGAGAACUAUGUCUGCAACACUUGCUCCUCACUUUAAUUAUUUCCCAUGGGUAUUA